AUGGCUUCUCCACUCUCCUCACCCCUUCUCAAGCUCAUUCUCUCCGUCUUCUUCCCGGCUUCCUCUCCGUUCUCCCCGACAAUUCUCACUCUCUCCACACCACUCACUCCUCCCAUUUCCUCAACCUUCUCUCCUCUUCCAACCUCCCCAACUCCCUUCUCUCCUCUUCCAUCUCUGGCUCCUCCUCCAUCAUCGCUUUUAUCGACACCGGUAUCAACCCUUUCCAUCCUUCUUUCAACGACUCCGACCUCUCACCAAUCCCUUCUCACUGGUCCGGCAUCUGCCAAUCUGGUCCUCUCUUCCCUCCCUUCCUCCUGUUCUCGCAAACUCAUCGGCGCUCGCUUCUUCUUCUCCGGCGCUCGUCACUCCACCACCGAAACGGCUAACUCCUCAGACGUCCUCUCCCCUUACGACUCAACAGGCCACGGCACCCACACCGCCUCCACCGCCGCCGGCCGUCCUACCUCCCCCGCCUCCCUCUACGGCUACGCCGCCGGCAUCGCCUCCGGCGUUGCUCCCAAUGCUCGAAUCGCCGUUUACAAGGUCUGCUGGUCUUCUGGCUGUUUUGACUCUGAUAUUUUAGCGGCGUUAGAUGCCGCCGUUCGUGACGGUGCUGACGUCAUCUCUCUCUCCGUCGGCUCCGGUGUUAAGCCGUACCAUCUCGAUCCGAUUGCCAUUGGAGCUCUUGGCGCCGUCGAGCACGGCGUCGUCGUCGUUGUCUCCGCCGGUAAUGACGGCCCUGCUGAGUCGACGGUGACUAACGUCGCUCCAUGGAUGAUCACCGUCGGUGCCGGCACCAUGGAUCGCCGGUUUCCGGUCCAAAUCCGGCUUGAUUCCGGUUUGGUUCUCGCCGGUGAUGGUAUCUGGACCGGGACCGCUCUCAAGCCUGAAACAUCUUACCCCUUGAUCUACGGCGGUGAUUCAAGCUCCCGUCUCGGGAUUCGUGCCUCCGCCGCGUUGUGCGCGAAGGGUUCUCUCGAUCCCACCGCCGUUAAAGGACGUAUCGUUCUAUGCGAGCGUGGCGGCGUGCCACGUGCCGAGAAGGGAUUGGCCGUCAAGGAAGCCGGCGGCGUUGGAAUGAUUCUCGCCAACCAAUCACCGGACGGUAACGGAGUUAUCCCUGACCCGCACGUGCUCCCCGCCGCCGCCGUCGGAUUCCACGCCGGCGAACAACUCAAGAGCUAUAUCAAAGCCGCCGGCAGCUCGGCGGCGUGCCAGCUCAUCUUCGGCGCCACCCAACUCAACGUCACUCCGGCGCCAACCCUCGCCGCCUUCUCCGCACGUGGCCCAAAUGCUGAGUCAGCUUACGUCAUCAAGCCCGACGUGAUUGCUCCGGGUGUCGGAAUCCUCGCCGCCUGGCCGGACAAUGUGGGCCCAACCGAGCUUCCGGCCGAUAAACGACAAACUGAGUUCAAUGUGCUGACAGGAACGUCUAUGGCGUGUCCGCAUGUGUCAGGGAUAUCGGCAUUGUUGAAAACCGCUCACCCGGAAUGGUCUCCGGCGAUGAUCAGAUCAGCUUUGAUGACUACAGCUUACAUUGAUGAUAAUCGAGGAAACAAGAUCAUCGAUGAGUCCUCCGGCGAGAAUGCGAACCCAUGGGGUUUAGGUUCCGGUCAUAUCGACCCCGAAAAGGCUAAUAAUCCAGGACUCGUUUAUGACAUUACUAUCGAUGACUACAUUCAAUUUUUAUGCAGUUCUAAUUAUUCACGGCGGAACAUAAAAUCUGUCGCUAGAGGUAAUAUUUCACGUUGCUCAAAACCUCUUAAAAGAGUAUCAGAUAUAAAUUACCCAUCGAUAAGUAUAGUUUUCGAGCAACAAACAGCAAGAAAAAUAGAAACGGUGGUUUAUCGUACUAUGACAAGUGUUCGGAACGAGACGAUGGAGUAUCAAGUUAGUGUAAGUGCACCUGAAACAGUGGAGGUUGUGGUGGUGCCAGAGAAAUUAAGGUUUGAGAGGAAGGGAGAUAAGAAAGGGUUUAUGGUUAGGGUUUCUGGUGACCGGAUUAUGUUGUCUCCGGGGAGCUCAAAGACUGUGUUUGGGUCCUUGACAUGGAAUCUCACCUCCACCAUCGUCUUCGUCUCUCUUCCCCAACUCCGAACUCACUCUGGUUCUGGUGUCCCUCAGGUUCAAUCCCACAACCCUGAAACCCUCCUUCUUAACGUGGUCCAGCGCCGGAAAGCCAUGCAGUUACGACUGAAGCGUUCGUUGCUCCGCAGGCCCACCAGCUCCUCCUCCUCCUCCCUUCCUCUUCACCACCUCUUCCUCCCUUUCACUUACUUCCUCUUCGUCCCUUCUUAA